AUGAACGAUCUUCCAUUGUGUGAAGUAUGCCAUGAAAAUCCAUUCAAAUACAAAUGUCCUGGAUGUUUAAAACGAACCUGUUCCUUAGCAUGUUCCAAGAGACAUAAGCUUCAAGAUAGUUGCACAGGUCAAGCAUAUGAUCCCAAGCAAUACGUUUCUAAAGAGGAUAUCAGGGGAGCAGAUGAUGAGAAACGUGAAAGUAAUCCUUUGGUUCAACGAGAUUUCCAUUUUCUGACUGGUUUAAAACGUGAACUUGAGAUUCAAAAAGGUGAUGCUUUUACUAAGAACAAGAAAGUGUUGAAAGCUAAUAAUUUCAACAAUCCAUACAAUAGAAGACCUCAGCAUCACCAACAGAACGAUAAUACUAAUAAUGCUGGAAGACAUAUAUAUCGUAGAGGUGUGAAUUGUCUACUAUUGCCUCGAGGAAUGAGCAGAUCAUCCAUAAAUAGGAGUAAAUGGGAGAAAGCUGCCGAUAUGUACGUAUGGUCAAUAGAAUGGAUAAUAUGUGCACCUACUGAAAAGAGACGAGAAGAUCCAUCAAUAGAUACAUUCAAACAUAUCAGUCACAGAAUAAAAGAGACAGCUUCUGUGGUCGAAGGUAUGAGUAAUUCGAUAUAUGAGAAAUGUUGUGAACUUUUUGGAAUAGAGACAGAAUCAGAAACUGCUGAAAAAACUACGGGACAAGUAGGAGAAGAAUCAGAGACAAUACCGAAUGAUAACAAGAAAGAUAAACGCAAAAGACCUGAAGUACUGAUAGAUAAUGGCCUUAAAUUCUAUAUUAAAUGGUUUCCUUACAAUACUACAGAAUGUUCGGAUUCCAAAGAACUAUUAGAAAUUGAACCUACGGGUAAAUGUAUAGGAGAGAUAUUGAAAAAUAGAACUGUGAUCGAGUUUCCAACGAUAUAUAUUGCUAGAGAUACCAAGGAUUUACCGUUUGGACUUAGUGUCAUUGAUGAGACUACAAAGACGGAUGAAGAACGAGGAAUAAUGAAGUCUCGAUACAAUAAUACUGCUCCGAUAACUAAACCAAACGAGAAUGAUUCGGAUGACGGCUCAGAUAAUGAUCUGCCAGAAGAAAAUUCAAUAAAGAAUCUUGGCCAACCACCUGUCGUUGCUCCACAACAGCAAACAACACAAGAUCAAUUAGUAGAGAAUGAAGACAGUGAUGAUUACGAUCCCACUGCAGCCUUCUAA